AUGCCUGUCAUUCCGCUGGGUGAAUCUAUCCCCCAGGAUACUGCUCAUGCAGUCAGUGUCUCGCUACCCACGUGGGAAGCCAACAUCGGCUAUGAAGAAGGCCAAGAUUGGGUGACGAGCCGCAUGGUCACGGGAUACCCUCGAUUCUUCAUCCACAAGAGCAUUGAUACCUUUGCUCGAGACGUUGCAGCUACUUUCGGCCGACCUGGCCAGCAGGCCAUGCUUUUUGCCACAGCCAGUGCUGCUCGAAGAUGUCUCGAAUUCAUGCGCCAGCGCGUGUCUGAGCAAAGCUCGGAGCAACUCUCUGUAGUUGACCUUGCUUUGGACACGUCCAAGGAUAUUUCUCCGCUGCUGAAGCAGCUGUCACCCACCAUCUCUGGUGUCAUCUUCCCGCGGGAGUCUUUCCCGGUAGCAAAGCAGUAUUGGCAGCACACUGGCGAUGGCGUUUCAAGUCGACGAGCUGAGUUUUCUCAUGAACUUUUCAAGCAUGGGCAGCUUGUUGCACUCAAAGAGCAGCGGUCACAUACACCCCCUGAGAAACCAAUCCGAGGCCCCAAGCGAUAUUCGCGUACAGCCGCUGCCGGUGGAACUCACAUUAACGUUUCAGAAGCCAAGACUGUUGCAUCAUCCUCUGAGAUUCCCGAGGAAGCAAAUGAGAGCUUUCGGUUCCUUGAGGAGCGCUUCGGCAGAAACCUGGACCUCACUCAAGUGGCCAAGGCAAGAUCAGCCAUCCGCAGGAGAAUUGCAGGCUCUCUCUCUGGCGAGGCUGAUAUGAACGAUGAAGCAAAGUCGGAUGCCAAAUCAAACAGUCGUGGCAUGGAGUCUCUCGACGAGACGGAUGUUCUGCUAUAUCCUUGCGGCAUGAACGCCAUUUUCAACGCUCAUCGUGCCCUCCUAGCCACCCUAGGUUCAUACAAGAGUAUAAGUUUUGGGUUUCCUUACGUCGACACACUCAAAAUCAUCCAAAAAUUUGGGCCUGGCUGUGUCUUCUAUGGCCAUGCAUCGUCAGAGGAACUCGACGACCUAGAGCGCCUUUUGAAAGAUGGACAGCGCUUCCUGGCGCUUUUUGUUGAGUUCCCAGGAAACCCACUACUUACUUGCCCAGAUCUCAAACGCAUUCGCAAGCUAGCUGACGAAUUCAACUUUGCCGUCGUCGUCGAUGAGACAAUAGGCACAUUUGCAAACGUCAAUGUUCUUCAGUAUGCCGAUAUUGUCGUCAGCAGCCUUACAAAGAUCUUUUCGGGCGGCUCCAACGUUAUGGGUGGGUGUAGCGUCCUGAACCCAGAAGGCAGACACUACCAUCCGCUCAAGAAAGCCUUCGAGGAACAGAUUUACGAAAACACGUACUGGCCCGAGGAUAUUCUUUUUAUGGAGAGGAACAGUCGGGACUAUGCCAACAGAGUGAAACGCAUCAACACCAAUUCCGAAGCGAUAUGCGAGAUUUUACGAGCUAAUUAUACUGUCAAGAACGUGUACUAUCCCAAGUAUAAUCCUUCAAAGCCUAAUUACGAGUCGGUCCGCCUUCCUGAUGGUGGCUAUGGAGGCUUGCUCUCGAUCGUAUUCAACCUCCCGGGGCAGGCUCAAGAAUUCUUUGAUCACAUGGACACUGCAAAGGGGCCAAGCUUGGGAACCAAUUUCACCCUCUGCUCUCCCUAUGUCUUGUUAGCACACUACCAGGAAUUGGAUUGGGCGGCUCAGUAUGGUGUAGAUCCGGAUCUUGUUCGCGUCAGCGUAGGGCUAGAAGAGACCGAAGAGCUUCUGCAGCUCUUCCAAAAGGCUCUGGCAGCGGCUGAGGCCGUAAACGAUGCUCACGUAGAGAUGGAACAAGCUUUGCUCGAUACUGCCUAUUGA